GACACUACUUUUUUUAAAUAUGAUAUUUGACGUGGAACAGGUGAAAAUUAAAGAAUUUGUUAUCUUGUAAUAAUUGUUAACUAUGGCUGUUAACGCACUUCAACUUAAUUUAGGACAUGUUUAAAAACUCCCAUUUAGUAAGUGUUUUAAACCACUUUAUGACAGUUAGUUAACCGGUAGCUCCAAAGCACAAUGUUGAAAGCUGUGAUUUUAAUCGGUGGUCCUCAAAAAGGGACUAGAUUUCGUCCACUGUCCUUGGAUAUUCCAAAACCCUUAUUUCCAGUAGCUGGCUUUCCCAUUAUUCAACAUCAUAUUGAAGCAUGCACAGUUUUGAAGGACUUGAAAGAAAUUUUAUUAAUUGGAUUUUAUCCAACUGCACAAAUCGAAAAUUUCAUUACUGAAAUGCAACAGCAGCAUAAUAUUUUUAUAAAAUAUUUGCAAGAAUUUGCCCCCCUUGGCACAGCAGGGGGGCUAUUUCAUUUCCGAGACCAAAUCAGGGUAGGGUCACCAGAAGCUUUUUUUGUAAUGAAUGGAGAUGUUUGUGCUGAUUUUAAAUUGCAGGAUAUAUAUGAAUUUCAUAAAAGUAAAAAGGACAAAGCUCUAGUUACUAUAAUGUCAACAGAAGCUACCAGGCAGCAAUCUUUAGAGUAUGGGUGCAUGGUAAUUGAUAAGGACACUCAGGAAGUGAAACAUUAUGUGGAGAAACCCAGCUCUUAUGUUUCAACUUUAAUAAAUUGUGGAGUCUAUCUGUUUUCCCCAGAUAUUUUUCAAAAGAUAGGCGAAGUAUUUAAUUCAAAACAACAAGAUCUAAAUAGAAAUGGCAAUGGGUGUAAAGAAACUGGGUACAUCCAGUUAGAGCAAGAUAUUCUUGCACCUCUGGCUGGUACAGGAAGAGUAUUUGCUGUACAGACCCAUAAUUGGUGGGCACAACUUAAGACAGCCGGUUCUGCGAUCUAUGCAAACAGACAUUACUUGGAGCUGUAUAAAACUCAGCAUUCAGAUAGACUUGCUGAAACUAAUAGUGGUGAAAAUAAAAGUAAAUGCGUAAUCAUUCCAGAUGUCUACGUGCAUCCUUCAGCUAAUAUUCAUUCUACUUCUGUGGUACAUGGUUUGAUCAAAUAAUUUUAAAAAUUUGGCUUUCUGUUUUGCAAAUCCCUAAUAUUUUGUUAAUUUUAACUGCCAAUCAGUUUUCUUGAGUA